GUAUGAUUGCAUAUGUCAAAGAAAAGAAUGAAGAUGUACUGACCUGAGACUAGGGUGCUUAGAUCAUGCAGAGUUUACUUCGAUUUUUAUCAAGUGUACAUCUGCUGUGAACAAUGUGUUAUCAAUACUUAUUAUUUCUAUUUAAGUCACGAAAGUAACUUCUCAAGAGUUAUUUUAGUUUUAACUAAUAAGAAUUAUCAUUGAAAAAUGAAAUAGUGAUGUAAAACAAGUGCAAUUUUGACAUGUUUCUUUACAAUAAUUGAAUCUUUUUGUCACUUUCUGGUUUUUCUAUUUUGAACCUCGUCACAUAUUUUAUUGUGUGUGAAUAGAAAUAUUCGGAAGAAUACCUUUGACUUUUUAUAUUUCUUACGUGAUUAAAGAAAAAGCUAUCAAAAGUAAUUCAACUAUCAAGAUGGCGCAUACUUUGACACCAAGCGUCAAUUGUUCACUUGACGACAUUGAUUUAAAUGCACUCAAGGAUCCUGCUGGAAUUUUCGAGCUGAUAGAAGUUGUUGGAAAUGGUACAUAUGGACAAGUUUACAAAGGACGUCACACAAAGACUGGACAACUGGCAGCCAUAAAAGUAAUGGAUGUUACUGAGGAUGAAGAAGAAGAAAUAAAACUGGAAAUUAACGUCCUCAAAAGGUACUCGAAUCAUAGAAACAUUGCAACCUAUUACGGUGCUUUUGUAAAGAAGUCACCACCAGGCAAGGAUGAUCAGUUAUGGCUUGUAAUGGAAUAUUGUGGAGCUGGAUCCGUCACGGAUCUGGUCAAAUCAACCAAAGGACAAAGCUUGAAGGAAGAAUGGAUUGCAUAUAUUUCAAGGGAGAUAUUAAGAGGUCUCAGCUAUCUUCACAGUAAUAAAGUCAUUCACAGGGACAUAAAGGGACAAAACGUUUUACUGACAGACAAUGCUGAAGUUAAAUUAGUCGAUUUUGGUGUUAGUGCACAAUUGGACAGAACAAUUGGCCGCAGAAAUACAUUUAUAGGAACGCCAUAUUGGAUGGCCCCUGAAGUUAUUGCUUGUGAUGAAAAUCCAGACGCUACAUAUGAUAAUAGAAGUGAUCUUUGGUCUCUUGGAAUUACAGCUUUGGAAAUGGCAGAGUCGCAACCCCCUCUUUGUGAUUUGCAUCCUAUGCGUGCUCUCUUCUUGAUACCGAGAAAUCCACCACCAAGACUCAAAUCUAAGAAAUGGGCAAAAAAAUUCCACGGUUUCAUAGAAACUGUUCUGGUUAAAGAUUAUCAUCAACGUCCAUAUACUGAACAACUUUUGAAGCAUCCAUUUAUCCGUGAUCAACCAACAGAAAGACAAGUCAGAAUACAACUUAAAGACCACAUAGAUCGUUGUAAAAAACGUAAACAAGAAAAAGAACGAGAUGAUUAUCGAUAUAGUGGAAGCGAAAAUGAAGAGGACGAACCAGCGCUAGCUGGAGAACCCUCUUCCAUAGUGCAAGCACCCGGUGGCGAUACGUUGCGUCGAAAUUUCCAACAAAUUCAAGAGGGAAGAACUUUAACACAGGAAAUUAGCACUCCAAUGCCAGCUAUAAAGGACAACAAACAAUGUGGCAAUAAAAAUGCUAAAGAAAUUCCAGAACCUGGACCUCCAUCCAGACCGACAAUACCUCACAGACUGAUUGUUGUACCAGAUCCUCAACCACCAUGUCGACCUUUACCUCCAACUCCACGAGAUGAACCUCGACAAUCUCAUAAAGUUUCCACACCUCCUUCGAAUCAUCAAUCCUCUUCAUGCGCUGGAGGCAAUAUCAUUUCUUCUGGUCAAGCCGUAUCGCAAAGAAACAGUCAUAUAUUUAAGCCUACGGCAUUAUCAAUUGAAAGCGACAGUGAUGAUGAUGUUGAAGAAAAUAGUGGAAUUAAUAUAAGAAAUGAUGGGACGUUACUUGCCAGUGAUCCGCCGAAACCUUUACCAACGACAGAAUCAUCGUCGACUUCUUCCCACAAUGCUUACAAUUCACAUCAUGAAGGUGGAGCACCAAAUCGUCCAUUGCCUCCAACUCCAGAUGAAGAGGAAUCAGGAGAUCGUACACUAGUCAUGAAAAGGAAUCGCGAAGCAGAUCGCAUGAGAGCAGGUUCUGAUUUUCAAAGGUCAGAAUCAUCUCCUGGAUCCAGACCAUGUUCUGUUUUGCCUGAUUUAUUAACUUCAUCGCCAAGUCAACGGCAGGACAAAUCUACAAGUGAAGAGUUUGAAAACUGGCCAAAUUUGUUUCAGUAUCGACAAGCAGUGAAGUCGCCUCCAUUAGCGCUUCAGCAAAAGCAACGCUCGUUUCUUACUUUUGGCUUUGGCGCGGGACCGGCCAGAAGAGAAUCGCACGUAAACGUAAAUGUGACGCCCACUAGUCAUGAUUUAGCAUCCGAUACUCCAGAGAUUCGAAAGUAUAAAAAACGAUUUAACAGCGAAAUUCUUUGCGCUGCUUUAUGGGGUGUUAAUUUACUAAUUGGAACAGAAAAUGGUCUUAUGUUAUUGGAUAGAAGUGGACAAGGAAAAGUAUAUCAAUUAAUUAGUAGGAGACGUUUUCAACAAAUGGAAGUUUUAGAAGGACAGAAUAUUUUGGUUACUAUUAGUGGUAAAAAGAAUAGAGUACGAGUUUAUUAUCUGUCUUGGUUGAAAAGUAAAAUUCUACGAACUGAUGGACACAGUGAUCAAGUUGAACGUCGCAAUGGAUGGAUUAACGUUGGGGAUCUUCAAGGGGCUGUUCACUUUAAAAUCGUGAAAUAUGAGAGAAUAAAGUUUCUUGUCAUUGCUCUGAAAGAUUCGAUUGAAAUUUAUGCCUGGGCACCAAAACCGUAUCACAAGUUCAUGGCAUUUAAAUCUUUUGGUGAACUUGCUCACAGACCGCUUCUAGUUGACCUUACAGUAGAAGAGGGAACUAGAUUAAAAGUAAUAUACGGUAGUGCCGACGGUUUUCAUGCUGUAGAUUUAGAUUCAGCGACAGUGUACGAUAUAUAUCUACCCAAGCAUACUCAGGGACCAAUUUGUCCACACUGCAUUGUGGCAUUACCCAAUAGCAACGGUAUGCAAUUGCUUCUCUGCUACGAUAACGAAGGAGUGUACGUCAACACGUAUGGAAGAGUUUCAAAAACAAUGGUUCUGCAAUGGGGGGAAAUGCCCACAAGUGUUGCAUACAUUGGCACUGGACAAAUAAUGGGUUGGGGCAAUAAAGCUAUUGAGAUAAGAAGUGUCGAGAGUGGUCAUCUCGAUGGCGUUUUUAUGCACAAAAAAGCUCAGCGGCUCAAAUUUCUUUGUGAACGUAAUGAUAAGGUAUUCUUUUCAUCGGCUAAAGGUGGCAGUUCGUGUCAAAUAUAUUUUAUGACCUUAAAUAAGCCUGGCAUGGCCAACUGGUGAUUAUACAGAGAACUGCGUACAACUUGAUUAUCAACAACAUACGUAUCGAUUAAAGUACGAUUUAAAAAAAUGUUAUGUUGCCUAAGAAGAUACAUUUUUAGACAAAAGGCUCAGUUACUUUUCACUGCCACCAUGAAAACAUCUAGAAGUGUGUGUUCAUCGCUAUAAAAAUAACAAAAUAAUUUAAAUUAUAAAAUAAAACAAUGUAAAAUUGUGUUUCAUGUUAUUUUGGCAGUUUGCUCUAAUGUCAUAGAAAAAAAUAUGAGCGUAGUUUUGAAAAGAUUUACGAUUUCUGUAUUGAAAUAUCUAUUAACAUCACUGUUUUAUAUAAUCUAAAUAUUGUAUUGUUUUGUUAAGCAAUUUUAUAUUAUAGUAAAAGAAUUUUCAUUUUUUAUUAUAAAUAAUCAUCAUAUGAAUUUUAUAUUUAGAACAAUUUGUAUAUCUUUAAUUUUUUACAAUUUUUUACUUUUUCUAACUCUUACUCAAAUUUUAAAAUGCUACAUAAACAUGCUGGUGUUCUGGAAUUGUACAUUUAUCCUAGAGUGCUAGAAAAUGCCAAAAUUUUUAAAAAUUUAUUUAGAAUAUUCAAAACAAUUUUAUAAUUGAUUACAAUAAAUUGUAAUGAUUAAAAAAUCA